AUGUGUAUAUCUCCUAAUGUGUAUAUCUUUGUGUAUAUCUCAUGUGUAUAUCUCUUGUGUAUAUCUCUUGUGUAUAUCUCUUUGUGUAUAUCUCAUGUGUAUAUCUCAUGUGUAUAUCUCUUGUGUAUAUCUCUUGUGUAUAUCUCUUGUGUAUAUCUCUUGUGUAUAUCUCAUGCAGGUAUUGCUGGUCUGUGGUCUCUGGCUGUCAUCUCCUGGGAGAGAUGGGUGGUGGUGUGUAAGCCCUUUGGAAAUGUCAAGUUUGAUGCUAAAUGGGCCAUGGGAGGUAUAAUCUUCUCCUGGGUCUGGUCUGCUUUCUGGUGCGCCCCUCCUAUCUUCGGCUGGAGCAGGUACUGGCCUCAUGGACUGAAAACGUCCUGUGGACCUGAUGUGUUCGGAGGUAAUGAGGAUCCUGGAGUCCUGUCAUACAUGAUCGUUCUCAUGAUUACAUGUUGCUUCCUGCCCCUGGGAGUGAUCGUCUUCUGCUACCUGUUUGUGUGGAUGGCCAUCCGUGCCGUUGCCGCGCAGCAGAAAGACUCUGAGUCAACGCAGAAGGCUGAGAAGGAAGUAUCCAGGAUGGUUGUUGUCAUGAUUUUUGCUUACUGUGUAUGCUGGGGACCUUACACAGCCUUUGCCUGCUUUGCUGCGGCUAACCCUGGGUAUGCUUUCCACCCUCUGGCUGCUGCUCUGCCUGCCUACUUUGCCAAAAGCGCCACCAUCUGGAAUCCAGUGAUCUAUGUCUUCAUGAAUAAACAGUUCCGUACGUGCAUCAUGCAGCUCUUUGGCAAGGUAGAAGAAGAUGGCUCGGAGGUGUCUACAUCAAAAACAGAGGUUUCCACCGUGGCACCUGCAUAAACCCCCAGACAACGUUGUACCUCUUUGAAACAAAUUAUGAACGUUCUGAGAUAUUCCACAUGGGACUUUUUCAAAUGUACAGUACAAAUUCUCAGGAGAAUAUUAAGCUUUACGUCAUACAGUUGUAAUGUGUUUAAAAAACAUUGCUAUGAAUCACCCCAAGGAGUUUUUCUAAUCCAUGGUCUUCAUAAUAACCAGAGAGUCGUGUGUUGAUAUGCGUACCGUAGCUGUUGCAGUGGCACAUUGUGGGAAUAGGUACAGUCCUAUCAAUGUCUGUUGAAGUGACUCCCCCCCUCCAAAAAAGUAGCCAUCUUGGACUGCAUCCCCUUCACUCUGUAGAGGAGAAACUAGACAGAAUAACAGCUAAGGAGAACGGACAUGAACUGCCAAUGGAAAUCUGAUCAUCACAAAACUACAUGAAUUAUUGAUGGUUCCAAAAUCCUUUACUUUAUAGGGAACUUAUGAGCUAAACAUUUUGUAGCCCACUUGCAAAUAAAAAAUAUAAAAAAUUAUAACAGUAUUAAAUAGAUAAUUGUGUAUACAAUGUAUUUAACUGUGUUUUUGUUGCCCUUGCAAAUAA